AUUAAAAUUAGACAAACCAACUCGUAAAAUUAUACAUUUUUAUUUUUUUAUCAAGUGUUUGCCCAGCUACAUAUAAUACGAAUUACGAUUACUUAUGUCGAAUAUUGAAAUAUACGUACCUAUUACUUGCUCAGCUCAGCUGCAGAGACGUAUUUUCUGUUUUGUCUACGUCGAUCUGAUUUAAUUGUGGAUGGGUACUAAAUAGAUACAUUUUAUCUACCUGGUUGAAAACGGGGGAAUUUCUACACUAUUAAAAAGCAUGAGAGACUACAUAAUUCUUCAUUGUACCUAUAUAGCAAUAGACGACAAGUUACGAAAAUAUCAAUGUAGAGUUCUAUAAUUAAUCAGUGGAAUAAAUUUGAAGAAAUUGUACUUACAUAAUUAUAUGUACCUACACUUGAGUAUAAUUCACUCAAUUAAUUUUGAUAGUUAAAAAAUUAGAAAUACUUACAGUUCAAGUUUAUGAAUUAAAAGUUUAAAAGUGGAUUCCAAAAGACAAAUCGCAAUCAAGCUCAAGUAAGAUUCAAGACACCUUUAAGUAAGAAUUUGACUUUUAAAGCAGGUACAUUUUUAAUAAAUAAGAUGGGUACCCUACCUAAUUUUUAAAAAAAAGAAAAGAAAAGAAACUGAAAUUAUAAAUAAGGCAGUUUUUUGACUCGUAGCUCAUGAAUAUACCUAACGAAUAAAAAAUCUAUGAGUGCCUACAAGCCUAAAAUCAAGGGCUCAGGUUUUCAAUUAUGCAAAAAUGCUUUUAGCUUGAUUUACUGAUAGGUACCUACUUCAUAAAUGGAAUUUCAAAAAGGUAUCCUAGUGAAUGUGGUUCUGCGGAAGCAGUUAUGUUAUUAGGUACGAGUACUUCAAGUACCUCUACUUAUACUAAUUAAUAAUUUUAAGUAGAUUACUAAAGUAAAAUUCAAUCGCUUCUUAAUUUAUUUCGGAUCCGAAAUUCUGAAUUUCGAUUUCGAUUUCCGUAAUUCCGUAUUCAGUCGAGUAGUUCCGGAUUUGGCCGGAACCGAAACAUUUCUCAAGUUUUAAACACGUGUUAUAUGUUUACAUUAUUUUUCUCCUUAUCAGUCACUAAUUUAAUCCGUCCCCGUCAUUCGGAAGAACAAAGAAAUAAUAACUAAAUUUAACGUAACUUUCAAGUUUGAGCUUUAUUUUUUAGUCGUCCAAGUUUCAACUUUUCUUUUGCAGUAACACUUGUAAAAGUGUCGUGAAUUGACAGUAUCUCUGUACUUGUAUACCUAUUUUGUGUUAGGUAUUUAUCAUGGAUCAUAGUUUGCCGGAAUUGGAAAAAUCUGAGGUUGAUGAAAUCGUAGAUGUAUUUAAAGACGUUUACCAGUCUGCUUUGAGAAUCGUCUCGGCCAGAGUACGCAAACUUGAUAAAACGAAUAAUGUGAUAGUUUCUGAAUGGAGUCAACGUGGUCUAGAACGUGGGUCAUCUAUUAAAAUAUUAAGGACCGCAGUGGCCGAUUUAUGCUUGAAAUCAUGUUUUGAAAUCGAUUCAGUUGAUGUUUCUCAAUGGGCCUUGAAUGCGUUUUCGAAAUCGGAACAGCUUAGAGCAAUAAUACGCACUGUUCCAAAUGAAAGUGUGAAAGGAACGACUAAAUAUUUUUUGGAAAUAUGGUCCGAAGGAAAAUGUAAGCAGACGUUCGAUCUAGCCGGUUUGGAUGAACAUGGAGCUGUAUAUACCGAUGAUUGUUUUGGUUCACUUUCUUGGUCAAAUGUAGAAGAUAAAGUGGUUUAUAUAGCUGAACAAAAAGAAGCGAAAACCUCGCCUUUUUAUCAGCAAAAACCACUUGGCGAUGCUACAGAUGGUUCAAAAAAUGAUUGCGGCAGGGGAGAUCAAUAUGUUUAUGAAGAAGACUGGGGAGAAGUGAUUUCACCAAAACGACGACCUGUGAUCGUAUCUUGUGAUAUUUUAAAGAAGAGCAUUACCAUAUUGGAAGGCGUGCCGAAAGAUUUUUCUCCUGGUCAAGUAAUUUGUGAACCGCAUGGUGAUGGUGUGAUUGGAGUGGCAUUUAUUAAUACACCGAGGAGAUUGGGAUUAAUAUAUUGUACCAGUAGAAAGAGUCAUGUAUUUUACUUAUCUAGUAAAGGAGAAUAUGUUAUUUUGAGCGAUAAAAAUGUAGCUGUCCAAUCUCCUCGGUUUAGUCCUGACGGAAAAUAUCUCAUUUGGUUGCAAAGACCGUAUGGCGGACCACAUCACGCCGCUCAUUCGAUCGUAAGAUGUAACUGGGAUACGAAAGAGAUUUCUGUGGUUGUAGAUAUUGUUCAAGAUAGCAUAACAACGAAAAAUGGAAAGGAAUUUUUCGGAGUUUUUAAUCAAGGCUUCGUUACAAGAUGUUGGACAUCUGAUAGCAAAUAUUUACUUUUCAGCACACCUCAAAAAUAUCGCAUUAAUACUUACGCAGUUGAAAUAGAAAAUGGUAAUAUUUGGGAUAUUGGUUCAAAAAAUGAAGAUGAGAGUACCAUCGUUUUGGAUGUAUCUGAAGAUGAUUAUGCGCUUCUGAAUGCCACCUCAUUUAAGCAACCUCCAACUUUAUCGUCGUUACAUAUUCCCUCCGCUAUUAGUAAUAGCUCAGAUGGUCCUUUGUUGACCACACUAACUGAACAAUCCUCAAUUUUCGAUAAAAAUAUCAUUUCAAGAUUUACUUUUCCUAAUGAAAUUACAAAAGAAAAUUGUUUUGCCACUUAUUACGGUCCACAGAAUGAGCUAAAUCAGUCGACGCCAUUGAUAUUGUAUCCUCACGGAGGUCCUCAUGCAGCAACUUCCAGUGCAUUUAGUCCUGCCUUCCAUUUGUUUACUAGACUUGGAUUUGGUGUAUUGAUAGUGCAUUUUCACGGAUCCACUGGCAUUGGACAAAAAUACGUCGAUUCUCUUCCUGGUAAAAUUGGUUCCAUAGAUAGCGUAGAUUGUAAUUCCGCCUUACAAACUGCUUUCAAAAAAUUUCCGUGGCUGGACCAAAACAGAGUUGUAUUGUUCGGCGGUUCUUAUGGGGGAUUCUUAGUUACUAUUCUGAGUUCGCAGUAUCCGAAUGAUUUUAAAGCUGUAGUUGCCCGAAACCCUGUUACUAACCUUAUCUUAGCAUGCUUCCUUUCCGAUAUUCCUGAUUGGGCUACCGUCGAAAGUGGAUUUCCUUAUGAAGGAUUGACUGCUGUUGUGGAUAACCCAGAAAUAAUAAAUAAAAUGAUGGAAGUUUCACCUAUAAAAUAUAUUAAAAAUGUGAAAGCACCUACUCUGUUGUUAUUGGGAAAGAAAGAUUUGCGAGUUCCACCGUCUCAAGGGUUAGCUUACUACCAUGCUUUGAAAGAACUCAACGUACCUACGAAAGUGCUAUUCUACGAAGAUAAUCAUUCACUGAGUACAGUGCCGGUAGAAAUGGAUAGUAUCAUAAACUCGAUCAUUUGGUUCAAACGCUGUCUUAAACGAGUAACGAAGUGAAACUCAUUUCGCUUUCGAUUUGUGUAAUUUAAUUUCAAUAUUAUGAAUCAUCGUACCUACAUAACGUAUUUACUAUUUACUCGAUAAUAUGUAUUAUAGCAAUAUAUUUUCUGCUCAUUCA